AAAUUUGAACAAAACGAAAUAAAAAAAAUAAUAUCUUUUGCUUUUGGGAAGCAACCGAAGUCAGAGGACUCAAAUCUUUGGAUAGGAAUCGCUUAGUUUUGGCCACAUACGCACAUAAUGGCAGCAACGACGGCGUAUGCGGCGGCGACCACCGUCUUGAUCCCUCGCCUCUCCAGUCAGCCCACUCGCUGCUCCGCCUUGCCACUCCUCCCACCUCGCCUCUCCUCCUCGACCUCAUCGUCUUUCCCUCUUAAACAAGUUUCAGAGUCACGGAAGCCAUUGCUGCUUCGGAUUAAAGCUACUUCUUCAGAAGAGACAUCCACUUCUGUUGAUGCUAAUGAACUUUUCACAGACUUGAAGGAGAAGUGGGAUGCAGUUGAGAACAAGUCCACAGUACUUCUGUAUGGAGGUGGAGCAAUAGUUGCUGUCUGGCUCUCUUCAAUACUUGUUGGUGCCAUAAACUCAGUGCCUCUGCUUCCCAAGGUCAUGGAGUUGGUUGGGCUAGGAUACACAGGUUGGUUUGUCUACCGGUACCUACUCUUCAAGUCAAGCAGAAAAGAACUAGCUACAGAUAUUGAAUCCUUGAAGAAGAAGAUUGCUGGAACGGAGUAAAGGCAUCUAUGUGGUGGCAAGGUUUAAAGCGCAUUAUUUAUUACUCUUCGUUAUCCUUUUAUUUUGGUUUAUGCAUUUCCGUAAAGAGGCAUUAUUUGUAUCCAUCCUGUGAUGUAGAAUAGUUUUUGUAUCAAAUCCUAGUAACCUUUUGUAUUUUCUCCCUCUUAUUAAGAUUUGACAAAUUUGAGGUCUCUCUCUA